AUGGACAUCCCACACGAUGAGAGCCUUGAUAAGCUCCCACCUCAACCCUCCUCCGCCGAUGCGCUAGCCACAGAGAAACUAUCCGAACUUCUUGACCAGCAAAUAAAUGCACAUCUGGAAGAGAAUUUUGGACAAGAGAAGGGGCUCUUGCGGGUGGACUUGGCUACCCGACUUCUUUCCUUGGACACGACCAUCAGCAGCAGAGGUUCGAACAUCGCCAAAGAGAUCCCGGAAAAGAUUAUUGGCUUUCGCAAGAUUGGAUUCGGACAAUGCGGCCUCGUUUUUGAAUGGCCUGGCCGAGAGAUGGUAGUCAAAGUGGCUAGACCGGGCUUUCAGGACGCCCUUUGGAUCGACUAUGAAGCCCAUAAAGCCAUCUAUUCUGCUUUCUUGGGACAGAGAGAUGCCCCUAAGUGUCGAAUUCCACGGGUAUUUAGCCACAUAUCAAAGGAAAACCGGUGGUGGCGGGAAAACAAGGGGCUGUUCAUGGAACAGCAUGACGAUUUUCCCUUUCCAUCUUCGGCACUCACUUCAGAACACAUCUUGCCAUUAGCUGGAGCUGUACGAGAAAUAUUGAUCGAGAGGUAUUGCCCUCAAAGCAUGCAACAAGCCGCGCUGGAGAGCCCCUUGAACCGCGAUUGUCUGGCUCGGAUUUACCUUGGCCGACGGCGUUCGCCUCACCAACCUCGACAGGUGAACUUUUCUCUCAGAAACUUCAAUCUGUGCCUUGAUCAAAUGAUGAACCUUGGUCUACCUGUUUCAUCAUAUGCCUCGGCGAUUGGAGAAGCACUGGCAAUUAUCCAUUGGGUCGCCAACGUGGAUGGAUACGAUGCCGAGUUUGUUCUGGGCAGCGAGGCCAGCAUUGGUUCACAACCGCCGAGAACUCCUUCUCCCCAGACCACUCUAGAGUCCCCUUGGGCCGCAACUGAAGUCAGGAGAAAGACUACUCGGAUCUGGGUGCUCGACUUUAACCUGUGCACCCGAUGGGAGGAGAGAAUCGGAUGGGAACAACCCGAGGCCCUGGUCGAGCAACUCGUGACUGCGUUUUUCGAAAACGACCCGUACUACCCGUUACCACUGAUGGAUGAUGACCUGGGCAAGCAGCUAUGGUCUGUCUUCCGGGAUAGUUAUACAAUCAAGGCUGAAGAGGUUCUGGCAGAGAAGGACGAGAAGCUGAGGGCGCUCCCACAUACAUUCAUCAAUGCCUGCAUUGAGAGGGAGCGGCAAAAUCUCGAUCAUGGACUGGGACAUGGACAUCGCCAACACAAGGGGUAA